CAUCCAUUCCUCAUGUUGGAAUUGGGAAAAGAAAGAGAGAAUCGUAAAAAAAAGGAAAAAAGGAAAAAAAAAAACUAAUUCCACCUUCAAGAAGAAAUCUUUGCUUCCUUUGGAGCUGAAGUGAGAAUUAAAAAUUUGAUCUGUGCUUCAAAUCGGGGGGGUCGGUUCAGGGUUUCCAGGGACGAAAUCGAUGGAAGGGGAAGGAAGGAAAAGGGGAAGGUGGAGAAGGAGUUGUUAAUAAAAAGGGAAGCGAAGAGGGAAAGAGGGAUUAAUUCUGCUUUUUAGCGGCUGGAAUAAAAGGGGAUUUUUUGGGGAAUAAAAAUGCCUCCUUUUCGGUGGAUGGUCGGCUCGCUGCCCUGGUGAGCGGCCCACGGAGAAGCGGCACGGCCCCACUUCCCACGUUCGAUCCUAUCUUCUCGUCGAAUCCGACGGCUGUGAUCUGGUCUCGGAGGCGAGGCAUUCGGUUAUGACCGCGAAGCGUCACACCCGGCGUCGGACUCUUCUGGGAUCGUCUUCUGGAAUCGUGUAUUAAAGCCCGAAUCCUUCGGCUCCUUCUCCCUCCCGUGGAACGAUCCCUUCGGCCUCUCCUUUCUAAGGUUCGAGAAUCAAAAGAUCAUUUUUCUCUUCCGCCUUUUUUAAGGUUCUGGAAUUCCAUGGCUCUCGUCUUGGUGUGUGACGUGUCGGUCUUUCGGCUUUUUUGGGUCGCGGUGUCGAAUUUAUGAGGAAUUUGAGCGUUUUCUCCGCCAGAAAUGGCGAGGUUUAUUCCGGUUUGUUUGCAUGCCAUGACGUGUGGUUCUGAAGGUAGCUGAAAUGGCUCCAAGCUCGUCUAAGUUUGGAAAUUUGGCCUUUUUAGAACGGAUACGGGGUUCUAAGUCACCUUCUUCUCUUUGCUCUCUUGUUCCGUCUUUAGUGGAAUAACUUCUCCUCUGUGGGUGAAUGGAUUUUUGGACAUGUUCUUGAUGAACUGAAGAAGCCCUAUAUCUUUAGGUUGAAGGUUGCAUCUUUCUCAUACGCAUCUCCAUCCCGAAAUGGAUGGGUACAUGGGUAGAAAAACUGCUAUCGGGCUUGUUUUGUCUAGAGGAGGCUUGAGCCUCACUUUUAGAGAACAAAAUUUUGAGGACAGAAGCAUUAAAUAUUGUAAUCGAUUAGGAUGCAGCACUAGGAUUUACUCCAUGAAUGACAUCCAGACUGGCAACCAAGAAAAGGUCAAAUAUUCGAGGGGUUCUGUCCACUCUACGAACAGAAAAAUGACAAAUGGAAGCUCUUAUGAAUCAUUUCAUUCUUGUGACUUUAGAAAGACUCGUCAGGAGCGGCGUAGACAAACAUCUUUGCAAGGGAGAGCUACUGCAGAAAGCAGUGAUAGGCAGAGCAAGAUUGAAGAUUUGGACCGUGAAAACAAAAGAUGGGAGAUAAACAACUUGGAAUAUGAUGGCAGACAGGGGGAGCCAGAAGAUUCUGAAUCCAUUCCCAUAACUAGAGGCAAUCAUAUUGUAUUUUCUGGUCCUGAUGAAUUUGAACCUGUAAAUCUUCAAGCGUUUUCUGAAAGUGCAACUGAAGCAUUGGGAAGCUGCAGCACCAGAUUGAGUUCAAGAGCGUGUAAGCAAGUCAGCCGACGACACAGAUAUGGUGAUCAGGGAACCUCUUCAAGUUCCUCCACCAGGCAUUCUUCGACAUCCAGAAACACCAGCCAGGCUGCUAAGCGCGCUACAAAGGGUGGGGGAGCUGAGUCAAAGAAGUCUGGUCUCAAACAUCUUAGUCACACAUCAGUAUCAGAUGUCCUUCCAUCAGGUUGUUCCUCCAAUUCUGGUCUUGACAGAAGGGUUAACACCCUGAGAAAGGGAUCCUCAAAGGGAGGGACUUUGUCUGCCAGAGGCAAAAGCAUGAGUGCAUCCUUAAGUGGGGCAAAUUCAGGUUCUCCAAGAAGAGGUUCUUCUGGCCUUGGCUUUUCUCUUCGAGAGCAUUUGACGCCUCAACGAGCUUUAAGAAGGACAGGUGCAGUGUCGGUAAGAACAUGCCUGGCUCCUAGUGGGGUGACUAGAACAAGGUUAUCAGAACAAAGAGAUUAUUCUCUUUCAACACCGGAGCCUGUGACAAUUGCUCAAAUGCCUCAGACUGAUUUUUCUGUACCAGAAGUUGUUCCUCGAUGUUUAUCAAGAUCAUCUCGUCCUGAAGAUAGCAGCACACAAAUGUUCAAUGUCUCUAUGGGAGACAGAAAUGGCUACCAGCACUUUAACAUAGAAGGAAUUGCAGAGGUUUUGUUGGCACUGGAAAGGAUUGAACAUGAUGAAGAACUAACUUUUGAGCAACUAUUGGCGCUAGGGACGGACUUGUUUUUGGAUGGCCUGAACUUCCAUGAUCAACAUAGAGGCAUGAGGAUGGACAUCGAUAAUAUGUCAUAUGAGGAGUUGUUAGCCUUGGAGGAGAAAAUGGGCACUGUCAGUACAGCCCUCACAGAAGAAGCAUUAUCAAAAUGUCUUAAAAGAAGCAUAUAUAUGCCUGCUUCCACUGGCUGUGAGGAGGAUAUCAAAUGCAGCAUAUGCCAGGAAGCCUUUAGCUGGUGCAGUGACUAUAACUGUUGGACAAAACCUGUGCUUGUAUUCAAGGGGAAAAAUUAAAUAGUUCCUUUUCCAAAUUGAUCAAUUAAACGCAACAGAAAAUGAACCCUGUAUGAAGAAGUCGCUUGAUGGAUUUUGAAUCCGAGAGAGAGAGAGAGAGCUGUUGCUAAUCUGGUUUUUGUAUCAUCACAAAGGACAUAUCAUACAGAGGCAGGCUUUAGUGUGCUCUGUUAUGACCUGGUUGUCACGGAUUUGAAACAUGGAAGUAUUACCUCUGCAUGCAGGGGUAAGGCUGUGCGUGUAUACAUCUGACACUCUGCAGUGGCAGAAGCCUCGUGCACUGGGUUGUAGAGGACAUAUGGUGUAUGACUGCCUAACAUGGUGAUGAUAGAGUCCUUACCAUCAGUCUGUUUGAUGACCAUGUUCUUGUGUCUGUGGCAAAUGCUCAUAAUGGCUGGCAUUGCUGCGAAAAAUGGGCUAAUUGCUCCUAAAAUAGUUUGAUAUGGUUCUCUUUUUGGGACAACAUGCCUAA